AUGUCGCCCGGCGGCCACCUGGCCACUGACCAAGAUGACUUCUCACAUGGUAGCAGCUUCACGAGCCAAGCUCUAAUUGCUUUGGACAAUCAGUAUGGAACCCACAAUUAUCAUCCCCUUCCUGUUGUCUUUGAUCGAGCCGAAGGAUGUACAGUAUGGGAUCCGGAAGGAAAACAGUACAUAGAUUGUCUCUCGGCUUCUUCGGCUGUCAACCAAGGCCACUGUGAUCCAAAGAUACUGAAAGCGUUAAUCGAGCAAGCGGGUCGACUAACGCUCUCCUCAAGAGCCUUUCACAAUUCGGCGCUAGGACCAUACCUAGCAAAACUCUGCUCGACGUUUGGGUAUCAAAGAGCUUUACCUAUGAACGCAGGGGUCGAAGCUGUUGAGACUGCACUCAAAAUAGCUCGUAAAUGGGCUUACACCAAAAAGGGGGUACCGGCCGGCCAGGCCAUAAUCUUGAGCGUUGAGGGGAAUUUUCAUGGUAGGACCUUAGGUACAAUGGGAAUGAGCACUGAUCCAGAUUCCCGUAGUGCCUUUGGGCCAUUCCUCAAAGGUAUAUGUUCCAGUUGCCCAAGUAGUCCUCCAAAGAAUGCUGAGGGAAGAUUAUUAAAAUUCAACAAUGUCAACGAUAUUGAGCGAGCCCUCCAAGCGCAUGGAAAAAGCGCUGCCGCGGUUGUACUCGAGCCUAUUCAAGGUGAAGCAGGACUGGACUUGGUCGAACAGGAAAGCUGCAAGUCUCUAUCCGGCGGAUUUUAUCCAGUCUCAGCGGUUUUAGCGGAUGAAAAUAUCAUGGACGUCAUUAAGCCGGGAGAACAUGGGUCUACAUUCGGUGGGAACCCCUUAGGCUGCGCAAUAGCAGUCGCGGCAUUGGAUGUGUUGCUUGACGAGCACUUGGCAGAGCGGGCCGAGGAAAUGGGGCAGAUGAUGAGAAGUGGUCUUCUGGAAUUGAAGUCGAUUCGACCAUCAGCAGAUAGUUCAACAGGUUAUAUUCAAGCCGUCCGAGGAAAAGGUUUAUUGAAUGCCAUUGUCCUUGACACGAGUUUAUCCACCAAGAAAAGGGGAGCUUGGGAACUUUGUUUAUUGAUGAAAUCACGUGGUGUUCUGGCUAAGCCAUCACAUUCGAAUAUCAUCAGAUUGGUACCACCAUUGGUAAUCGGACCAGAGGAAGUCAAAAGGGUUGUUACGGUUAUCGGCGAGUCUUUAAAAGAUUUGGAUCAAGUCGGUGUUGGCAUCAGAGGCUACUAG